ACAAUGGAUAUACUGACGGCCAUAAUCAUUGUGGUGCUACUAUUUCUGGGAUGGUGGUACGUGCUGCUAAAACCCAAAUCUGGGUUACCCCCUGGGUUGCCACGAUUACCAAUACUAGGAAGCCUCCCAUUUCUCAAUGCAAACGACCUCCUUGGGUCGUUCCUUGAACUGAGGAAGAAGUUCGGUGAUGUUUUCACGGUUUAUAUGGCAAACAGACCUGUCGUUUACCUUAAUAGCUAUGGGAGUAUAAAAGAGGCCUUGGUACAAAAAGGCGAGAACUUCAUGCACAGACCAUAUAUUUACAUGCUAACAGAGGCCCUGAGCGAUGAAGGUAAAAACUCAUUUGCGAGCUCUUCAGGGACCGAACACAAGACAAUCCGUCACUUCAGUCAAAAAGUCCUAAUUCGACAAUUUGGAUUUGGUACGAAAAAAUUUCAAGAUAAAAUUAUCGAGGAGCUCCAAGCGAUGUUUGCUGAGAUGGAUAAGAAUUGUGGGAAGCCGUACGACACGAUAGACUUGCUUGGGAUGAGUAUGUCGAAUAUGGUGAACAUUGUGCUAUAUGGAAAGAGAAUGGAAUACACUGACACACUCUUCUUGGGAGUCAUUCAAAAUCUACAAAAAGCGUGUAGAGACAUGAACGCUGGCCAGAUGCUGAACAUAUAUCCAUGGUUAAAUCAAAUGCCUUGGUAUAAUCAGGUCAAAGAAAAUAUGUCUCUACGAAAACAAGACCAGAAACAAUUUUUGGCGCAGAUGCUCGAAAGGCAUGCCAAUGGGGAUGAUGAUGUUAAAGAUAGUUUCAUGCAGGCCUGGCUUGAUAAGAUUAAUCUAGAGAGGAAUUCUGAAACUCCAGAGCCUGUUUUUAAUGAGGUGCAGAUGCGACUGGUUAUGAAUGAUUUAUUUUCUGGCGGGGCAGAGACAUCAAAGAGUAUCAUUUACUUCCUAUUGGCCUAUAUGCUGCACUACCCACAGUUACAAGCCAGGAUUCAAGAUUCAAUUCGUCAACAUAUUGGAGAAACAGAGCCACCUACAAUGGAACACCGCAACAAAUGUGUCCUUGCUGAGGCCACAAUUCUAGAAGUCCUCAGGUGUCAUCCUCCUCUCCCAUUGGCUGUACCACAUACCAAUCACCAUGACGACACAAUAAAUGGCUAUUAUAUACCUGCCAAUACCAUGGUGAUGCCUAACUUACAUGCAGCACAUCACGAUGAGAAAUAUUGGGAGAAUCCUUCUGAAUUUAAGCCUGAAAGAUUUAUUGAUGCCGACGGACAGAUUGAUAAAGUCAAAUCUACCCAUUUGGUUGUAUUUUCUAUGGGCAAACGAGUGUGCCCAGGGGAGGCGCUGGCGAGGAUGGAAUUGUUCCUCACAUUCACUGCGUUACUACAGCGAUACACAUUCACACUGCCCCCUGGUGAGAAACUGCCAUCUUUAAAAGUAACACUUGGACUCACAUUAUCGAUACCACCCUACAAGAUAUGUGCUACCAGAAAUAAAGUGCAGGAAUGAUCAAAUUUAUGUGCGCUCAUGAAUUUAAUGGUUUACAACGGUGUGACACUGCUUCCAAAUUAUCCAUUUCUACAGGGUGAGCCCAAAAAAUGUCUACAUUUUUAGUGAUACCUUUUAAUAAUGCAUAUAUAUAUUUAUAUAAAAAUAUGGACAUUUUUGGCCCAUGCUGUUCAUUUUCAUAAAUGAACUUUCCU